AUGGACGCCUUGUCCGCCAUCGAACACAUGGUCCGCGACCUCAAAGUCGACCGGGACACCUGGCAGGCCGUCGCCCUCCAGUACAAAGAAGCCUUUGAGGCCCAGACAGCCCGUCUACAGGAGCUCCAGGACAUCUGCUUCGCCACCCAAGCAGAGCUGGAGAACGAGCGAGCCCAAAACCAGAACGCGAGCUCCCUCGACGGCUUCGAGCAGCGCUUUGGUACGGCCACUGUUUAUUCUCCGAGCAGCGUGGGUGCACAUGCUUCGCCAAGGCCUCCCGGCAGUUCCCCCAGCCUAUUCUUCCAGAGGGUGAACGAGUGUGCUGCCCAGCGAAACUACGGUUGUGCUCUCGCCGAAGUCGAGCGACUUUUGCGCGGCCCCCUGAGCGCCAAAGCCCGCGCCGAGGGCCUCUUGCUGAAGAGCACCAUCCUAAGAGCAUCAGGCCCCGACGAGCUAUUCGACGCACUUGCCGCGUGCAGCGAAGCUAUAGAGCUAUGCAGCCGUCUUUCGGAUCUGGAGAACUUGUUGCCUCGAAUACAAUACCAGCGCGGCCUUCUUUACUACGAGCUUCGUGUGCUUCACCAAGUCCAUGGCGCUUCGAGCCAAGUCAGUGAUGACGGCCUGUUCUCCUCCCAACACGACGAGUUUCGCAGGUCUUGCGACAACGAGCUGGAUCUGCUGCGCUGUGCCAAGCGUCGGUCGGGCUUUGAUGAGAGCCGUACUAUGGAGGGCCUGCUCGCCCAUCUCGAGGAGAAGGCCACGGACAGCAAACGCCGACGCACGAGUACACAACUCAGACAGCGCGCUGCCGCCAAGGCCAGAAGAAUGUCGUUGCCAUACAAGUGGAUGAAGUCGAAGAGCGAGGGAUAUCACCGCGACGGGUAA